AUGCAUGACCCCAUUGCCGACGCAAAGGCGCAAGAAGCAACGCGCCGCUAUGAAUUCCGCGCCGCAACAAGGGCAGACAUACCAGCGCUCCAGCAGAUGAUUGGCGACUCGCUGCGAGCGCUGGGAAAAGGGUAUUACACGCAGGCGGAACUCGACGGCUCGAUAGGCUACCUGUUUGGCCCGGAUUCAGUCUUAAUCCACGACGAGACAUACUUCAUCCUCCACCCGGUGUCGCAGCCCGAGGUCAUCUGCGCGUGUGGGGGGUGGUCGUUCCGCAAGACGCUGUAUGGCGGCGACUCAGCGCCGUCGCUGCUGCGCAUGCCCGAGAAGCGCGACCCGGCCGUCGAGCGCGCGAGCAUCCGCGCCAUCUUCACGUCGCCGGCGUAUGCUCGUCGCGGGCUGGGCACCAUGAUGAUGCGGUACUGCGAGCAGCAGGCGGCGGCGGGCAAAGCAGGCGAGACGGCGGGCUUCUCGAGGCUGGAAAUGGGCGCCACGCUGAGCGGCGUAGCGCUGUACGAGCGGUGCGGCUACGUGAGGAGCGGGCGCGAGGAUGCCAUCCUGUGUCCCAACGGCGCGCAAAUUCGGAUCCUGCACAUGACCAAGGACGUGAAAGACGGUGAGGAUGCGGAUGGAGGCGCGCCGUAAGGCGUGCCGUGUCCCAUGCGAACAAAGGGCAUUAGGCGUGCGACGUCUGUCGAGAUAAGCGGUGCUCGCCUUGGAUCGUAACCCCACAAUAUGGGCUUUUUGGCCCAGCGCAAAUGAUCCGGCUGAUGCGCUGGCAUGGGAAGUGAGAUCACCUGGGCCUUGCCUUAGUGCCUUCAUGGGGGACCUCGCGGUAAGACACCCGAUGAGGAGAAUCGACUUGCUUUGUGGCGCGGCGAUACCACAAUCUUGAUUAGGGAUGCAAUACGAGGUCAAGAAAUCCAUUGGCUCUGCUCCUUACUCAUCGUGCGAUAUAUUUGGAGUCGCUUGGUCCGUUUACUUUUUCUUUGAAAUCGUCAGUCAGAAACGUCUUUGCCUGGUAUAUAUCAAAUCUCAAUUGCCGCUCUUC